GCGAGCGCUAGGUUCGUUUCGCGAUCGCUCGUUGCUGUCUUUCGUACACGAGUGAUUGUGAGUUACCCUUGCCGAUCUGGCUUGGCGAGUGACGCACGCCGUUAACAAUCCGUUACUAUGGCGAUGGGUGACCGCUCCAAACGGAUUUACACGAAAGCUCUCGCUCUCUUGAUCGUUCCUCUGCUCGUGGUAACGAUCGUGGGUACAACCGUGCACCGUUUUACAGCGUUCGGGUUUUUGGCUGUUGUUGGUAACUGAGUGUCCGGUACCCAAAACCCGUUCGAGCGCCCAUAGUGUGGAGCAUGGAACGUGUCCUCGGUUGGGAACGCCGAGAUACUGUAUUACUCGGUCAGUCGGUCUGGAGGUACGACAUCAACAUAACGUUUUUUUCAAGAGUGCAUAGUUUUUCCUCCUUUCUUCUUCGUGCUCUUCUAACACAAUAUUGUUGUCGUCUUCUUUGUUGUAGUAGUAGUCACCGUUACCGUCGUCGUUUCCCGAUUCGGAUCCCCAGCCACCAUAUCCCUAUCUAUCCUACUCACUCAUUCUUGCUGCUACCGAUCAUCGUUUACUCGCGCAUCGUCCUCAUCUUAUGAUCAAACAUUAUCGCGAAUGCUAAUCUUGUGCAGACGACAUAGGCACACAAAUACACGCGAAAGCAGGUGCGCUCUACUAGGUCACGUUUAUAAUCCACGCACGUUAGUGACGCCAGUUGGACGCAAGUAUUUAAGCAGAAUUUCACUUGGAUUACUACCGACGGCUUGGCUGUUUUGCUGCGCUUGUGUUUCCUCACAAGCAAUUGUGCGCUGUGACUUUUUGCCGUUCUUAGUACACGCACGUUACACAUUCCGGAUGAGCUUCGGAAAGGCUUUUCGGUCCCUUGGUGUUUCCCGAGAUACAUGUGAUCGUGAGUGUGCGUGGGUGAAAAAGAUUGGAAAAAAAUGGACAAGCAGUGAAAACAAAAUGUACACCACACGUUGUGAAUGGUGUCACUGAAAAAUCGAUCCUAAUCUCGGUGCAGGUGGAAAAAUUAACGAAGUGGAAGGAAGAUUACUUUGCAAAUGUGAAACAACUCCAUUCUUUUCCAACCCGUCGGUUAACCGACGUAAAGGAUCAUUAAACAUCGGUGUGUGAGGUGUGGUGAAGUUAAGGCGAAAAAUAAAUGCAAUGUUAGCCCGGGGUGGCUUUUCCCUCGCGAAACGGCAAAAUGAAUAUUAAUACAAAUGCGGAACAUCGCUGCCGUACUCAUUGUUGCUGCAUUGUUAGUGAAUGAUCGCAAAACCGAGAUUACUUUACACACGGGAAGCCACGCUCCCCCGCGGUGCCGUGGAAAGCGCUCUUAAACGUGUUUGGUGAAUGAAAAAGAGGAGAAAAAUUGACCGCUCUAAAAGUGAUAAAUACAAAUUAAAUCUAAGCAUAAGAAAAGCAAAUAAACGGAAGAUCUGAAAGCGUUUUUUUUGUCGACCGGCACAAUUGGAAAUGGCAUUGCAUCUCGCAGCAGACGCAAGCUUAAGAAAGUGAUCGAUGGUCGGUUCGUUUGAAAAAGUGUGUAAUUAUCCCCAUAAUUUUUUCUUCCCGUUGUUACUACAGCACGAAGCUUGUCGAAAAAUUCCGCACGCCUAACAUGUGUGUGUCGGUGUUUGAAUUGGUGUUAGUGUGAGUGUGUUUGUGUGUGACAAAGCGAGUGAGUGAAGCCGCUGAUUCCGCGUGGCGGUGACCGAUAACGAAACGAAAAGCAAUAAUGAUGAAGUCAUUUGUACGUUUUUCGUCACUACUGAAAUCUUCGCCAAUCGCCCAGUCUUUGUAAGCGAAAACCGCGAAAAUUCGUCACCGAAUGCCGCUAGCCGAUAUCUGGAUUUAGCAGUGGAAAUCGUACAGCCUCCAAUGGGGCCAGGUGAAUAAAGUACAGCACUUAUGUUUGUGUCCGUGAUAGUGUACAUGUAUGUGUCUGUGUUGCGUGUGUUGUGUGCUCACGCGCAGGGGUGUUUGGAUUAACUUGUGACCUUUCUCCGCGGUGCGAAAGAACCAAAUACGAAACGCCAUCAUCGUCGUCCGGGAGACAGCUGCUUGCGCGAAAAAAGGUAGUUUAAUUUAUCGCGGGCUUGCGUUUGUUCCACUUUUCCGUGCACGGGAUGAAUUAUUGGGGGAAGGAAAAAACCGAAAACACGAGCCAAGUUUCACAGUAAUCUUAAGCAUAGGAACAUUGCUGCAUACGUAAAGGAACUUGUACCGUAUCACACCGGCAGUAUUAGCUCGUUUGUUCAUCAAUUGUUUCCAAGUAAAACGUAUCCUAAUGGGUCUAAUUGAAAGAGCAACAACUAGUCAAUAACAAAAAAAAACUAUGCCUCCAUAUGGUGCUUUAUCCGACUAUACGGCCAGCUCAUUUGGAAACAAUUGAGCGCUUUAAUUACUCCCCAAAAUGCUCCACGUGACUCGUACAACCGUAACCAGAUUCGAUUUCGUUCGUAUUCACCCGUGCCUGUGCAAAGGGGCGAACGAAACCGCUGGCUAACACAUGGCCGCACAAUAAAACGUGCGCCACUAAGUUAAAGAUUCGCCUGUGCGUACCACCAUGCGAGAGGGAAACUUUUCAUUUUCGAACUGAAAUUUAAAGACAGAAAAUACUAAUAACAGCAAAAGUGGAAUCGUUCGGAGAGGAGGAGUACAGAGCAAGAAUAACAGCAGCAACAAAACACCCAACCGUAAAGUACCAUCAAAACAAAAAAAACAGCGAAAAGCAAAGACGGGUGGAUGAAAGGGUGCAUCGAGGUGGGAAAGAAAGAAGCCAAUGACCAAAAUCAAAACGAAACAGCAUCGUUAGAAAAGCGAAUCUAUACAUCCAAUAACUAAUGCGAAGUGAGCUGAUGACGACGGUGGAAGGAUGUUGGAGUGGAGUUGGAGUGGAGUUGAAGUAAAACAAAUCGAAGAAGCAUCAACAAUUGCACAAUCGGCAACACCACAACACGCCACCAGCGGAUGUAGGGUGGUUUUUGGUUGUUGUAAGUUUUUCAUUUUCCUGACUAUAAAAAAAAGUUGUGAUUGUUCUGUGCGAUGAAUCGAGACUCGUGUAUUGUGGUACAUCAUGUGCUUUGAUUUUUCAACAGUUUGUGUUGCGUUUUUUUCUCUCUUCUUCUGGUCGAUUUACCAGAUGAUUUUUUUUCUUCAACUGGCCGAAGCUUCAAGUUCGCACAAACAGCCAGACCUAGCUGCCAAUUCGAGUUCGAGAGACGCACUUUUUGGAGGCCGCGACGGCUUUUCGGAGGCCUUGAACGUAGAUGUUCGUGAUCUUCUUUGCCCAUCCGUCACGUCACCCAUUGAACGUACGAAUCGCUACACAGCAAAACAGCAGGGUGAGACUCGGGAAGCUUACAAUCGGACGCGGAUAGUUCCUCGAUCAUCGUUUUGUUCGAUUCAAUUGGAGCUCGGUUUGCGAGUGAUUCAAAGGUCAUCAAUUUGGGGUUAACCCCUUGGACGAAAAUUUGGAGCAUAAUACGUAAGCAAACGACGUGCUGCGUCGAAUAUAUAUGGUUCAUGAAGUCACGAUCGUCGCAGAAAAUUCACGAGGGGUGGCCACGAUGGGGCGUUCAAUGUUUUAGGGCUCUUUUUCCUGCUGAGUGCCUCCGAUUGGCGUCCUUUCGCAAACGAUGAGCACUUCGAUAAUUGCGCAAGCACAGUAAAAGUACAAUUAAAGUACAGGCACUUAGGUCCGACAUUUUUCGACCUAAACGGAUCGUCGGUGGAAUCGAAAACUUUGCAGGCGAUCGAAUCGGAAUGUUUGCGAGGGGGGUCACGUUUAUUUUAUUUUAGGAAAAGCAAAUGUUUCUUUUCAAAAUUGCGUUCAUUGCUUAGUUCACCUUAAAACAAGCUCCACAAGAGCAAACUAUGCACGAUUUUCGAACGCUGAAGAGUUCCCAGGGAUCACGAAGGUCGAUUGUGCGUGAUCUAGUUUUGAGAUACCUUCAUAAAGUAGUUGUAAAAGGGUGUACGAUUUCUAAUCAAAUCAUCUUCGCCAAACGAUGAUCACUAACGGUACACGAUUACCGUAUAGAAACUCCACUUGUUGCUAGCCACAAUCCCGAAAUGAAGCGCAAAACAAACACCGAUGCCAUAUAUGACAACUUCAUUUUGUUUUCACACCGAUGGAAACACCGAAAGAAAAUGGUUUUCGUAUUUGCAAUUUCUUGCCGCUGGAAUGUGUCAUCGUCGUACGUGCAUUCAAACGUACCAGGUGGUACUUACGUGCCGUACUUAAUCGCCUUUGUGGAAGCUUCUAAAAUAAGAUAUUAGAGAUUGCAAUUUGUCUCUUUUGCACCGGGUCUUUUGAAGCGUACCGCAUACGGCUGCUAACGAUGCAUCAUCCCUCGCUUCGUUCCGGUUUUAAGGUAACAUGCGUUUGCGCCUAGGCAAGAUUGCAAUGUGGAAAACCCAUAAACAAAAAAAGCCAAGCUGGUACUUUCCUGGAACGAGACAAUACAAAACGGCAGUCACGAAGCCACGCGGAUUUGAGGGUCUCCCAUUUUUCUCCUGGUGUUGGUGGCUGUUGUGGUUGUGGGGUUGGCCGGUACCAACCAAGGAGAUCCGUGGCGUGAAUCAGGCACUUCCUUCGUGUGGUCUCAUCGUUGCACAUAACUCAACUUCCUCGCACGGGACAGCGGAACACGGCGAGCCUUUUCUACACAUUCCGCUGGAGGGUCGCAUGUGGGAAAGUGUCGAGUAACAUGGCACCGGGAUUUUACAGACUCUUGCCUGCACGCCACCGAUUUACGGUACCGCAGUUCCACCCCGACCACUAUUCCAAGAUGAAGCCAAAGAAAUCCAUAACCUUGAAAAAUUACUUAUCACGAUAACGAUAAGAGGAGUCGUGGAAAACAGUCAAUUAUUUCGUGUUUACUCUCCCAUUCGUGGGGCACGUGUGUAUGUGUGUUUGCGAUUGGGCGGGAAGCAUGGUUUGCGUGGCUUUCUCAUGUCGUGGCUCAUUGUGUUUAUUGGAGGAAAAGGUGAUUGGAUUGAAUCGUUUGCCGGUAUCAUUAGGACGGGCUUUUUGUUAAGGUUCGUGCAACGGUGUAGCGAACAAACAAACGAGCUGCACAAUUGUGGUUUGUUGCAUUAGUUGGGGCACUUGAAAAUUGGCUCUUUCGUAGAAAAUAGCUGCCUAAACCUGCUGAGGAGGUUACUAGCCACGAAUGUGAGCCGGAGCAGCAGUGCGACCUUUUCUCGGGGGAGCUAGUGAAAUCUGAUUGCUUGUUUUUAUAUGACCCAAUUAAUUGACCGAGACGCUGGAAGUGGUAGCAUUAAUUUAUGUUCUCCUUUGCUUAUCAGACCACUAUUUGUUUAGUCCGUGUUUGAGAAACAAAUUCCUAAAAGCCGCUUCCUCAUCUUAACCCAGCUGCUUACCGCUCUUUCUUACCUAUUCGCUUGCGUGGGAACUUUUGACGGUGUGGCAUUGCAAUGGAGCGAAAAAUCAAACAGCAAGCAAUCAGUGGAGAAAAACAGAAGAAAAAAACCUUGCCAACAAAUAUCAGUCAGCAAAUAAAAAUGCGCAACAACGGCGCACCGAGGGAACAAAACGGAUACGAAUAAAUAAGUGACAUUAAGAAGAAAAUAAGAAAUAUGCCUCGGUGGAGGAAAAAUAAACAACACAACCAAAAAGUCACACAUCAAGUAAUCGGAGCAAGUUUGAUCGGAUCUGUUUCUCUCUCUUCACUGACCCCUUCGAGCUGCCCCUUCUUUCCUUCAGGCUUCCCCUCGGUUGCCCACUGAUUACGUUCGACAACGAAUCAUUUCGUCGGAGAUAUUUACAGCACCCAUAAAAUAAACCUUGAUUAUGCCCGCGAUUGCAAACUUGCGAAUGCUGUGUGUGGUUAAAUGUUGAAGCUGAGAUUUUUUCUUCGUUUCGCGUGGCGAACGCUAUCGUUGCCCAAGGUCCACCUGGAUCACCUGCGUCAAGGAGACACUGAGUAGCAGUUUAAAUAAAGCGAAAAAAAGGACUGUGGUUCGAAGGGAAAAUAUUUCCAAGUUCAACAAUGUUAAAUUGGGCCCAAUGUUAUAAGAAGACAGUACGUAGGGCACCGAAAUCCCAGGAGUUUCACUUGGUUUAAAAUGGGAGAGAACAGCUCCAAGCAAGUCGUCCAUAUAACAAACUUUACGGGUAUUCUGUUGAUUGUGCGACUCUUUAAGAUGGGCGUACUGCGUCGUAUCACUCAAGAAAAAAUACAUAAAAUUCGUUUUAACAAUCUGCAUUAGAAAUUAAAAAAAACAACAAAAAAUCAUGCUAAACUAGGACAGCGUGAAAAGUGAAACACAUUUGCAAAUGGCAUCAUUUCCAUGACGAGCGUUCACACAAUUGAUCAUAUAAUUAUUCUUGAUGGCGGAAUAAAUAUACAUUAAUCCGCCAGCCCCUCAAUUUGCGUUCGUACGGAUGUAAACGGAAAACGGUGACCACUGAGAUCAGGUCCUCUUCCUCUUUGAAGGUUUGUCUUCGUGCAGUAUGUAGAAGCGUCUUGGGAGCCGUUGUGUGCAGCGUGUUGUUUUUCCCUUUCUACCGUAAACAAAACAAAAUUCAUAUGCUACUCGACCACUUGUAUACACACACAGCGUGCGAGUCAACCCUAGUAGCAGUGGCGGCGUGAGGUCGCGUGUCUCUUCAACCGUUAAAAAUGAAUGUUAAUGAGGCUUUUAUUUGACUUUAAAUUUCUUCUUUCUUUUGUGCCGCAUCACGUUCACGAUUUCCUCCCUUUCCCUUACUCUUCCCAAACACACUGGACGCAGGUGACGGACGAAAAAGCGAACAGGCAAGUGGGAGAGAAGAUAGAAAACUGUGAUCUAUGGCGAGAUGUAAUUUAGUGAUAAUUACUACGUAUUUAACGCUACCGUACUGGCUUUGUGCGACCUCUGAUGUUUCGACCUCUGGCUUGAUGUCUGUUUGAAGUCUCUUAGCAAUACAUCCUCUUUCCACGGACGGAACUAUAAAAGGGGGUGGAUGAUGCUGUUUGUCUUAUCCCGUAGGCCGACUGGCAAGAAAAAUGAACAAAAUAAAAAUAAAAGCAUUUCGCAUUAUUCCUUUAUUUUGCCACAGUGCAUUUAUAAUGAAGUUUGAUCGUAAAAUCCCAACCAACGGUGGGUUUCGUUGGGAUGAGUGGAAUUGUUUCACCUGCCAUUGUGAAUUAUUCGUCAAACAAAAAAACCAAACAUGAUGAAGCGAAGAAGGGUGGGAUUUACUGCUUUUAAAUAGGGAUCCAAGAAUCCGUGUCGGAAUUUCUAUUGGCGACCUUGCCAUUAAAUCACCAAAGCAUAAGCUUUUUAAUACCAUUUUUGUACCCCUCAUUCCCGCUUCCGUCACAAUCUCGAAAAGUAAUUAAAAAUUCAUAUCGUAAAUAGUUUUUGGAAGAAAACUACUGCACAAAACAUUUGUAAAAGUGUUGUGCUCAUGAAAACAUACAUAAGACUUUACCGAACGACGGCUCGAAGUGUAUGCUCGACGGCACAAAGCGGUUCGUGUUUUAUGGUAGCAUUCAAGUUCUUUAUGUCAGCUUUACUGUAAUCGCUAGCAUUACACCACAUUUGUCGGACAGAUUUGAUGGUGAUUUUCUCUAAUGAAAAUAGCCACCGCAAUAAAAACCUGGCUGUGCGUUGUGAACCGUUUGAUGGGAUGAUUUGCUGAUCGGCAUUUUGUUAAUUAAUCUUUGUAAUUCAUUUGCAGAUAACGUGACCGGGCCCACCCGUGUGGAAGAAACGCAGAAGCUUACGCAGGCGGCACUCAGCACACUGCCACACAUAAUAUUGCCGGGCUUGCAGCUGAAGAAAAGCAGACGGCCUGUCGACGGAGAACGCUUCCAGUAAGCGGUGGUGCCGUGUACGAAUCGUUCCAACCGAUGCAAAAUCAGGAACAGGCUGGUAACCGACAGCUGGCGAUAACAUUAAAACCGUAAUGAUGAUGAUGUCAAUAACCUGAAGAGCAUCGGCCAGGAAAGACCGGUAGGGCGGGCAGCAACAAAUGCACGAUCUUCAAACAGCAUAACAUACACUUCAACAUACUGCCAUCAAUGUGUUCCACUGCACGAUCCCCGAAUGCACCUGCACUUUGUUUCGGAACGCACCGAAACCGUCGAUCGACAGUCGAUUGAUACGCACAACUAAAUUGCCACCGUAAGCCCCCUGCAGACGUACUUUGGCGUUUUUCAGUUCUCAGUUUUCUUGCACGUGCGUAUUUAUCAACUUUGCGCGAAAGAGCGGCAAACAAUCUGAUCCCGCCAAAGCCGAAAAUCUUUAACCGUCCGAAGCUGUGUAGCAAGAUCCCAACGCCAGUGUGACGCCCUUUAACGGACGGCAAACGCACCAAGACAAGAAACAAGACAAUACGGAGCGAUCGAGAAAAGAAAAAUCAUUCACAUCUCGACGCACUCGAUCGUUCGCUGCCGAGUGGUAUCGGAAACGCAUUAACUGAAGCCCAACGAAUGUGAGGACCAUUAUCGAGAGUCAACUAUACCCCCAAACCUGCCAAUUAAAACCGUGGGCUCUUAACGCUGAUGCUCGAGAUCGUACCACACCACCCAUUUGUUUGUUUUCACUGGCUGAAGCUCCCGUGUCUCGUUGGUUGGGUCGAUCCACAAGGAAACGCACACAUUACCUUCGCGAACGCACCGAUUGUAAUACGCAGUCCUGUCGCGGAACCGAGAAGCCUCCGAGCGCAUGCAUAUGUUGGAUUUGAUUACCGACAUCGCGAUGGCGUCGUCGUCGAGCCAAAUGGAAAUCAGCGAACCGUUCCGCACGGAGGACCUCUCGAAGACGGAUUUUUUUGACUUCGUCACAGGCUCCGCACCGGACAUGGCUAUUAGCAGCAGUAGCGGUGGCCCGGGAGGCGGAGGAGGCGGUGGUGCAGGAGGUGGUGGUGGUGGUGGCGCUAGUGUUGCCACCAAUAGCACCAAUACAAACGGAAAUAACGCCUGCAACCGUACCAUGUCCGGUGUGCUACCCAGCAUGGGACCGAAUGGUGUGACCGAUCGACCACCUGACGGUAGAAAUGGCAGCGAAAGCUCACCAAUGGAUGGAACACCAACCAACAGGGUGACCGGUACUGGUGCUGGCACAGUUCCAGAUGCCAACGAUCAACCGCUCCAAGGAUUUGAUCAGUUCUGGGGCCCCGACAAAGAUGCCAACCGGUUAGAUCCGGCCAUGUUUGAGGAUCUUAAUCGCUACUGUUGGAUACAGCAGACAAACAACACUACAACGACCGGCAAUAACAACACUAAUAACAAUGCUACCAACAACAGCAGUAGCAAUAACAACAAUGGAACACUUAGCAGUCAGGUGGCCGAUACAGAUGGACAGAUUUACACACUAACAGUAUUAAAUGGAGCACCGGAACCGUGGGUGCUAAGGAAGGACCCGAACAGCUCGGAACCAGCUGCACCCGCUUCCAAUCUCGAUCUCGACACAAUUCUCGGAGGAUUUCCGGGCUAUGUCAAGACGGAAUGCUUCUCCUACGAUGACAGUGGUUUCGGUACGGAUCAUCACGCGAAAGACGAUCCUCACCAUCAACAGCAGCACCAGCACCAGCAGCAGCAACAUCAACAUCUGCACUUAGUGCAACAGCAACAGCAGCAACAUGCCGCGCACCAUGCGCAAACACAACCGCAACUACAACAAGUACAACCACAACAGCAGCAAAUGCCUGUUACGUCGAGUAACAUCGUGCUAUCGAGCCAGCUGCUCGACCCGAACAGUGUGCUGGCGUACCAGAACAACAACAACGACUGGCAGAUGUCGGACCACAACGUGAUACAGCAGGACACGCCGGAGUCCUUAUUGCGCAGUGCACUGCAAGGUAAAGGCUACACCAAAGGCACUGGUUUGCCGUUGCCGAAUGGAGCCAUCACCGUACUACCCGCCACCGGUCACAUGAAGGACGAUGAGUUGCGGCGAGUGCUUUACUCGGCCGGGGAUCCCACUGACUCGCUGGCAGCCUAUGCGGAUUCUACGCUGGCCAGCACCAUGUAUGAUGAAUCGGUGCUACAUUCACCUGCCUCUACUAACCAAUCGGCCACCUCCCAGCAUCAACAUCAGCAGCAGCAGCAGAUGGUCGCAUCCACCGGACAGGUGACCGAUCUCGGAGCGAGUGCCGGUCCUGGGACGGGCCCAGGAAGUGUGGUGGUGGAUGAUAUGUUCCUUACGCUUGACGCUGCCUUCCCCGAGGACUACGAAAAGCUGAAGCGGAUAGCCACAGAGGUGCAACAGUUUUGUACGGACAAUAACAACUACACAGAAAUCAUCGUAGAAGCGCCUGCGAUCGGUAAUGGUUGCAAUAGCAGUGUGACGCCGAGCAACCUGCUGACUGGUGGGAAUCUUUCGCAUCACCCAGGACAACAUGGUAACAUGGGCGUAAUGUCUCCCACAGGUGCUAGCGGUCUUACACGGCAACCAUCGGUUUCGACAACAACUUCCUCGGACGUGGUGACCACGACAUCCACCUCCAAGGCAAAGGCUCCUAGAACGAAGAAGAACUAUAAGCGAUCUCUCAGCAACAAUGCGGCCACUGCGCAGGCUAAUUCCAGCAACAGUCCCACUUUAACAUGCCUGACCACCAACAACAAUAACACGAGCAUGAGUAACCUUAACACGAUCACCGGUGGUACAGCGAUGCUGAGUCCGGGUAGUGUGACCGGUUCCAACGGCACGACACUGCUAAGCACCACCAGCACCAGUACCACAACCACGACCACUGCCACCACCAGUCCCACCCAGUGCGGCAAUGGACAACGCAAGGAACGAUCGCUUCACUACUGUUCGAUUUGCUCGAAGGGUUUCAAGGACAAAUACUCCGUCAACGUGCACAUACGCACGCACACCGGCGAGAAGCCGUUCGCGUGUUCACUUUGCGGCAAGAGCUUCCGGCAGAAGGCGCACCUCGCUAAACACUACCAGACCCAUCUGGCCCAAAAGAACCCGCCCGGCGGUGGGACUGUGACGAAACAGAGCAAACAGAGCCGUCUCACAACAUCAAUGACCACGACCGAUCCUAGCGCAGGAGGACAGUUGCCAUCCGCACCCGGUGCCGGCCCCACGGUAACGCCGGUAUCACUUGCCGUCACGAACGUUCCCGGACCGCACCCACAGAUGGUGAUCGCACAAGCGCAGUCACCACCGAUGCUGCUCACCAACACCAACACUGCCACGAUCGUCGCGAGCCGGUGAACGCCACCGGGAACAAACCAUUCCGGAGGCCACACACAUCCGCCUAACAAAUUUGACUUUGUUCCUAUUUUAAUGUAUUUACGAGCGCACGCAAAAUGGCGCGCUCAUGUUGGGACGAAUCGUGAGAAUGUGAUAGCGUCGGAAGAAAGCAAACAGGGAAAGGGAAGCCAUUUUGGACCUGGAACUCAAAAUUGCCUGUGAUGAUAAGCACGUGUUUUGCCGCCACUCGCAUCUCGUCGUGCACCCUUCCCGUCCUUUCCAACUACCGUUUGCGAGGAAAGCUGGAGUGGAUAGAUUCUAUUCUAUCAUUCGACAUUCUUGCCAUUUUUAUAUUUUGUUUAGUGUAUAAAAUGAGUAUAAACGCUGACACAACAGUCACUGCCGCGACACCGUACGUACUUCGUCUGGAAUUCGAUCAUUCCGUCUGACAGAUCGUCGGUUCAUGAUCGUUUAGUGUGUAAGUGAAGGAUGGAUCGUUUGUCCUUCUAUACUAUUAGCAGCACACCGUGGGAACUUGCUUCUGCCUUUACACACAUACACACACGGAUAGAAUAGCAUCUUAGUAGUAAGUUUACCUUCAUUAAGGUUAGCGAAUGUUUUAGGACAAUUAUUGCUUAUUUGUCUGGACAACGAGUUCGGUGGACGUGUUGUUUUGUUUAUUUUAGAACAAUUCCUCCUCCCAUUACGUUUACCUCCCUUUCGAACCAUUUCGAUGUUUCCCUUUCCGUGCUUUCCUCACUGUUUGCCCUUUUGUAGUGUUUUCCUUAAGCCUUGGAUUGUAGAACCAAAAUUUAAUGGUUGAAAGAAUAGCAAAUGUUUGUUGAAAUUAAUUGUUAAAAUUAUUUGUUGACGAUGCGGGAAAAAAGAUCGCGCGCGAUUGUUACCGAAGUGAUGCAAUAGACGAAACGUCGACAGAAGGAAAAAAAACCACAACUCGAUUGAGAUUAUGUUUGUUGAUUUGUUUGUCCUGUUUUGUUGAUUCUUCAUCUGAUGAGAUUAUCCUAACGAUUAUUAGUUCGCAAUCGAGCGCUAAUGAAGUUGACGAUUAGCCGAAAUUUGCCAUUAGUGUGUAGCGAAUCAAAUUCAUAGUAAAUUAUUUAGUGUUUCGUACGGAUGGAUGUACGUGAUAGUGAUGGUUUAGAGAUUAUUUUACAUCAUCGUUAACGUGAAUGCCUAUUUUUUGUUUCUAUCUUAAUGUUCUGUUGAGCUGCUGUUGGUCAUGAUCCUUCCAGCAGAGUUAAACUAACAAACAAACACACAAAACGCUUUCUAAUUAAGUGUAAAUAUAGCUACCCGUUUGGACCAUUAGUAUGUACCACUUCUAUCGCUCGUCCUCAACCUAGGGUCUCUAAGGCUAGACCAUUUCAUUCGCAUUAGUUCAAAUUUACUUAAACGCACAAAAACUGCCUAUGAUCAACCUGUUAACCGUCUUGGGCUUUAUUCCUGUGUCCUAAAAAAACAACAAAAAAGGAUUGGCAAUCGUUAACUUAGUCCCGUAAGGUUCCGUACAAGCUAAGUGAAUAGUUUACUACAUUCAUAUUUCAUAUUACGACUAUAGCAUAUAUGUAAGCAACAUUAUAGAAACAUUGUUUUUACUAUCGUUCAACCUCUUCCGCUAGGUAAAUAUGUUAAAGUUUGUGUAUUAUUUUUGUUCAACUAUGAUAGAUAUAUUUUAUUGCCACGUUCAAACUAUUGUAUACUUUAUUUACAUCCACAUAGAUUGUAUACUGGCAAAAAUGGAUGGGCAAUCGUCACCCAUUUCCAUUCCCAAUCCUCCACGCUCCGGUGGGCUCAAGCAGUAAAGCAUCAUUGAGAAAAAGGAUACGAAUAAAAUGUUCUGCAUUGCAACACAAUUAAUUAA